GAAAUGUGUUCUUUUCGAGUGAAAUGUUGGUUGAGGUUUUGAUUUAAAUAUGUUAUUUUAAAGUUAUUCGUGAAACAUUGCUGAUUAUUCAUUCGCUUAAUUACAAAAUGUCUUUCUAUGGUCAAAGUGGUUCACAAGCUUCAGGAACAAAUCACAGACGAACAUGGGAUGAAAAAGAAUACUCCUUGGCUGCGCAACAGCGUUUGCUCGAUGAGAAGGAAGCUGAAGAUAUUCGACUUGGAAAGAAAAAGAAAGAUGAACCGAAGGUUAAACGAGAGAUGUUACAAGCGAGAGAAUAUAAGGUCGACUUGGAUUCGAAAGUUGGAAAAUCUGUAGUCAUCACUAAGGCAACGCCGUCGGCGGAAACUGGAGGAUUCUAUUGUGACGUUUGCGAUUGCGUCGUGAAAGAUUCCAUCAACUUUUUGGAUCACAUUAAUGGAAAAAAUCAUCAAAGAAACAUCGGAAUGUCUAUGAAAACUAAAAAGAGCACAGUUGCUGAUGUCAGAGAACGAUUCAAAUUAAUGAAAGAUAAAAAAGAAAGAGAAAAGAAAGAGGCACAAGUGGAACAGUUGCUAGAGGAUGUUCAAGAAGAAGAGGCGAGAAUGGCUGAUUUCAAAAAGGACAAGAAAACAGACAACAGAAAACGAAAGAGGGACACCAGAAAAGAUGAAGAAGAAGACGACGACGAAGACGAUAGCGGACUUGAUCCUGAAAUUCGCGCAAUGAUGGGCUUUUCUGGAUUUUCCACCAGUAAACGAUGAUUAUCAAAAAUAUGAUCUCAUUUUUAUACAUAAUAAAAUUCAUUGACGUU